CACACCAGUGGCGUCAUUCGCCCGCUCUGUCACACUCUGCUGUAGUCGGGCUGUGACCUUCCAUUCUGUCUGUAACGUGCUGCCAAUGGACCGUAUGUGUCAGCAGGAAAUGCCGCAAUGAAGCGUCUGUCAGUUGUCUUCUGGAGGUGCCGUGUGUCUGGUCUCCGUACUUGUACCCCUAUUUCUGUACUGCGUGGACUGUGUACUAAGCUUUAUACAAGAAAGCUUUCUGUAGGAACCCAGUCCAGUAAGAAUCGAUUUCCAUGUUUAAACCUUUAUGGACUUCCCCCGAGAAGAUCCUGUUCUCAAGGCUUUGGACCAUUAUGGCAAAACAAGACGUUACAAAACUACUUGCAGUCAUUGAUGGCAGAACACAGGAAGCUAAGCCAGACAUUAAAUCUCACUUUAAAAGAAGAGGAGCGCAAGGCUUUGACCCAGCGGCAUACCGAACUGUCAUCACUCAGCGUGCUCCUGCACAAAAUACACGAAGCAGAAAGUGAAGCCAGAGAACUAGAAGCCAUGUUUGCUGACCUAAACUCCAGGGAGGAGGAAGAAUUACGGCAAGAAGAACAGGGCUCUGUGAGCCAAAACAUUAUUCGUUUGAAGGAAGAGUUGUUACGUUUUCUUGUGCCUCACGAAAAAUACGACAUGAAUGACGCUAUACUGGAAGUUGUGUCCGGGAGAACUACUGGAGGUGACAUUUGCCAACAGUUUACUGGUGAGGUUUUUGACAUGUACAGAAAUUACGCACAGUACAAGUCUUGGUCAUUUGAAAUUCUGAAUUACACGCCAAACGAUUAUGGCGGUUUACACCAUGCAGCCGCACGCGUUAUAGGGGAAGGUGUGUACAAGCGCUUGAAAUAUGAAGGUGGGAUUCAUAGGGUUCAGAGGAUUCCCGAGGUGGGCUUGUCCUCUAGGAUGCAGAGGAUUCACACAGGGACCAUGACGGUCAUCGUCCUUCCCCAGCCUGAUGAGAUAGAUGUUAAAAUUGACCCAAAAGAAUUGAGAAUUGACACAUUCAGAGCUAAAGGGGCUGGAGGACAACAUGUCAACACGACAGACAGCGCAGUGAGGAUCGUUCACAUUCCUACAGGAAUAUCAGUGGAGUGCCAACAGGAGCGCUCUCAGAUUCAGAACCGCGAUAAAGCCAUGAAGAUGCUGCGGGCGAAACUGCACCAACAGAGUGUAAAAUCGGAGUUGUCCCAGAGGCAGAGCUCCAGGAGACUGCAGGUUGGAACGCGAGAUCAGUCUGACCGGAUUCGCACUUACAACUUUACUCAGGACAGACUGACAGACCACAGGAUAUCGUAUGAGAUCCGUAACUUAAGGGAAUUCUUGAAUGGAGAGGAGCUACUGGAGGAUCUCAUUGAUAAAAUACACGAUGCGGCUGACACUGAGGCUUUACUUGAGGUCAUAAAAAGACAUUCUUCAAAUGUGUGAUUCACAUGUUUCCUUGACAGGACAACUAAAGCCAAAAUCUAGUCACCUUUUAGAUGAUCUUUGUUGCUCAGAUUUCCAGCUAACUAAAGGGGGUUCUCUGGGCUACGGAUAUCGAUGAGCUUAUCCUCUGGACAGGUCAUCAGUAUCAGAUCGGUGGGGAUCCGACACCCCCACCGAUCAGCUGUUUCAGGCUGUCACAGAGUCGGCAGUUGUACAGAGCUGGAAGCAGACAGCUCCAUACACCGUGUAGUGGCCAUUCCAGGGUACUGCAGCUCUAAUCAAGUGAUUGGUAGCUGAGCUUCAGUGGGCCGGUGCCAGAAACUACAAAGUGUAUGGAGUCUUCUGCUUCCAGGUCUGUACAUCGUACAUUCUCCAGUGCUACGGCAACCCGAAACAGCUGAUCAGUGGGAAUGCUGGGUGUUGGAGCCCCACCGAUCUGAUGACCUGUCCCAAGGAUUGUCCAUUAUUAUGUGUAGUCCGGAGAACCCCUUUAAUGAAUGUAUCUUGUGUGGUGUAUUAUUAAAUAAAUACAGA